UUAAAAAAUCUGGAAUUGAUUGCGCGGAAAAGGUAACACAAGGAAAAUAUUCGGAAAACAAAAAGAUAAACGAAGCAAAAAAAAAACAAAAUCCAGGUCCAAAAUUUAUUUCUGUUUUUGAAAAACACAUAGUAUUUAUCUAUCCCAGCACAGAGCAACAGAGUUUGCAGUUUGCAGUUUGCACCUACCCUUUUAUUUUGGCAUCAGAGAGAGUGAAAAAGUGAACACAACACAAGCGUGUGAUCGGGUGCGGCUAAUGGAGAAGCACAAGUGCAAGCUUUGUUUUCGGAGCUUCGCGAAUGGAAGAGCCUUGGGAGGUCACAUGAGGUCUCACAUGAUGAACCUACCCGUCGUCCCUCCGAAGCCGAACGAGUUAUCGCCGGUUCAACUCAGUUUGGAGGCCGAGUCAUCGCCCUCUCAAUCCUCCUCUUCCUUCUACGGCCUCAGAGAGAACCCAAAGAAAAGUUUCCGUUUUGCAGAUCCUGAAUUCUCGUUCGCACCAGACACCGCCUCCGUCAUCCUCCAAGACAGAGAGAGCGAGACCGACUCCUCCAAGAACCCAACUCGGAAACGAUCCAAGCGACCAUGGCAACUCGCUGAAACCGUCAAAAACAUCAAAUUUACCGAAUCUGCAAGCUCCGCUUCCGACACAACAACCGAAGAAGACGUCGCAUUUUGUCUCAUGAUGCUGUCUCGCGACAACUGGGACGAGAAUAAACAUAAAACCAAACAUCGAGAAUUAGAACACGACGAGGUCGAGUACGAGGACGAGGAAGAAGAAGAAGAAGAAGAAGAAGAAGAAGAUGAUGAGGAUGGUUAUGAAUCAGAAGAGGUGAAAGUGUCUAAGAAAAGUAACAAAGCUAAAGGGAGGUACAAAUGCGAAACGUGUGACAAGGUGUUUCGAUCUUACCAAGCUCUUGGUGGACACAGAGCGAGUCACAAGAAGAUUAAACUAAACGAUGAAACUGAGAAUCAAACUGAGCUUGAAUCGGAGCAUGUUGUGGAGAAGAAAACUCAUGAAUGCCCGGUUUGUUUCAGAGUUUUUGCUUCGGGUCAGGCUUUGGGAGGACACAAGAGAACGCAUGUUAUUGGUUCUUCUGCUACUACAACAGCAUCUACUACACCUGCGAUUGUUAGAACGGUUUCGGUUAGAACUUCGAGUUCGGCUAAAGCUGGAGAUAGUUUGUUAGAUCUCAAUCUCCCUGCUCCGGUUGACGAGGAUGAUAGCCACUUCGAUGACUCUGCUGUUUCAGAUGCAGAGUUUGUUAAACUCUGAGCUUUUUUUCUUAGUUCAAAAGGUUCUGAUUCUUGGACUAGUUAGGCUGUGAUUUCAAGGUACAAAAUUUUGGUUCGGUUAUUUAAUUGCAAUUUAGAUUUCUUCCGCCAUUUGGGUUAUAGCUUAUAAACUAAUAUGGUUACUCCAUGGUUUAUAUUCAUCUAAUAAUUUCAUAAUUCUUCUUCAAUUCAGUUCUUCAUGAUUGUUAGCAUGGUUCAUGAGUUUGUUUCUGUGAAUCUGCGUGAUGUGGCUUGAAAUUAAAGCAUCGAACUGAACUUUUUA